AUGGUGGCUUUCUUAAAAUAUAUGGAGAACAAGACAUGGAAAGCUAUCAUUAGAGGAUGGAAACAUCCUGUUGUGAAUGGCAAGGAUGGAAAGGCCACUACAAAAUUGAAACCUGAAGAGGGUUGGUCCAAGGAAGAAAAUGAAUUGGCUCUUGGAAACUCCAAAGACUUGAAUGCCCUAUUCAAUGGUGUGGACAAAAAUAUAUUCAGGUUGAUUAAUACUUUUACUAUAGCUAAAGAAGCUUGGGAAAUCCUCAAAACUACUCAUGAAGGCACGCCCAAAGUAAAGAUGUAUAAACUUCAGCUUCUCACUACAAGAUUUGAGAAUCUAAAGAUGAAAGAUGAUGAGAAUAUCCAUGACUUUCACAUGAGUAUUCUUGAAAUUGCUAACUCAUAUAGUGCUUUGAGAGAAAGGAUGUCAGAAGAAAAACUGGUGAGAAAAAUUCUAAGGUCUCUACCUACAAAAUUUGACAUGAAUGUCACAACUAUUGAGGAAGCUCAAGACAUCAUCUCCAUAAGAGUAGAUGAACUUAUUGAAUCUCUCCACACUUUUGAGUUAGGUAUUAAUGACAGAACUGAAAAGAAAACCAAGAGCAUAACAUUUGUAUCCAACACUGAAGAUGAACAAAAGCAAUGUGACUUGGAUACUGAUGAAGGAAUGACCAAUGCUAUAGUGUUUCUAGGAAGACAAUUCAACAAGGUUCUUAAGAGAAUUGACAUGAAGUCAAGACCCAAUGUUAAGAACAUCCCUCUUGACAUCAGAAAUACUAAUGACUUCCAUAGAAGAACAAGAACUGAAGAGAGAUCAAAUCAAGGUUUUGGACACAUUAGAGCUGAAUGUCCUACCUAUCUCAAGAAACUAAAAAAAAUACUAUAUAUUUCUUGGUCUGAUGAGGACAAUUCUGAAAGUGAACUUGAGGAGGAAGUUUAUAAACAUGUUACCGCUCUAAUUGGAAUAUGGGAAUCUGAUGAAGAUUCAUGUGAUGAAGAACUAUUCUAUGAGGAAUUGGUUGCUGCCUAUAGAGAGCUCUGCAUCAGAAGUGAAGAAGUGUGCCUGCUAGGAGAAAAACAGAAGAAAAUUAUAUCUCAGUUGCAGGCUGAAAAAGAAGGAUUUCAAUUCACCAUCUCUGAGCUCCAAAAUGAAGUGAUACUAUUGUCUUCCAAACUUAACAACAUGACCAAAUCUGUGAGAAUGCUAAACAAGGGAUCUAACAUGUUAGGUGAAGUUCUGCAAAUUGGAAAAGCAGCUGGAUAUCUAAGAGGGAUUGGCUUUAAAAAUCAAUCUCUUCAUAUCCAAGGAGAAUCAUCGAUGACAAACUUUUCUCUUCCAGGAAAGGAGUCUAAACUCGUCAUGUCAAAAUCUUUGUCUCAACAUCAUGCAGUCAUCGAAACUUUUAAACUAAAGGAAGAUCAUCUUGCUGGAGAUGUCACUACUAUGGAAAAUAUGGCCAUAUUAAGCCUUUAUGUUUCAUAUUGUCUAGUUAUCCAAGGUACCCAACACAACUCAGGGUACCCAACACAACUCAGGGUCAAUCAAAAGAAAGAGUGGAUACCCAAGACUGUCAACACCAGAUUUAUAGCUCACACCUCUCGAAGAGUUUCAGCUCGUGAAGACUGGUAUUUUGAUAGUGGAUAUUCCAGGAACAUGACAGGUGUCAAGAAGUUCCUUGAAAACAUCAAGCCAUACUCAAUCGGCCAUGUCACAUUUGGAUAUGGGGCUAAAGGUGAAAUUAAAGGGGUUGGAAGACUAGCAUGUACUGGACUUCCAAGUCUCGAUAAUGUCCUACUGUGUCUUGUCAUAAAUGAGAAAAAUCAAGUGCUAAUGAAGGGAGUUAGGUCUAACGACAACUACUACUUAUGGUCCUCUAAACAAACAAACCUCACUUCUACAUGCCUGAUAUCCAAAGAAGACGAAGUUAAUCUAUGGCACCAAAAACUUGGACAUCUGCAUCUGAAGGGUAUGAAAAAGAUUAUGUCACAAGAAGUCAUCCGAGAAAUUCCAAAACUCAAGAUCAAAGAAGGUAAAAUAUGUGGUGAGUGUAAAACUGGGAAGCAAACCAAGAUGUCACAUCCAAAGUUACAAUAUCAGACGACUUCGAAAGUUUUGGAACUUCUUCAUAUGGACCUAAUGGGACCUAUGCAGGUUGAGAGCCUUGGAGGGAAAAGGUACACCUAUGUUGUUGUUGAUGAUUUUUCAAGGUUCACAUGGGUGAACUUCAUCAAAGAAAAAUAUGAUGUAUUUGAGGUGUUAAAAUAUUUAUGUAAAAGGAUUGAAAGAGAGAAGGAAAUUGAAAUCAUCAGGAUCCGAAGUGACCAUGGGAAAGAAUUUGAAAACAACAGAUUUGCUAAUUUUUUCUCCUCUAAAGGUAUUGGGCAUGAGUUCUCCUCUCCUAUCACCCCACAUCAAAAUGGUGUUGUGGAACACAAGAACAAAACUCUCCAAGAGUCAACUAGAGUCAUGUUUCAUACCAAGCGUCUCCCCUAUCAUUUCUGGGCUGAAGCAAUGAAUAUUACAUGCUAUAUUCAUAAUAGAGUCACCCUAAGAACCGAUACCUCAGCCACUCUCUAUGAAUUAUAG